GCAUUGUAAACAGGAAGCACAACCUCCUCAUGACCUUCUUCGACCUGAAAACGUAGCAGGCAGCUCUCCCUAGCGGUUAGCAGCGAAGGGAGAGAUUGAGAAGUGAAAAGACAGGAAGGCCGUGGUACAUCGGCGUCUCCUAUACUAGAUCUGCAGUGGCUACUGCUGGGUAGAUGUGUGCUGUGCCUUCAAGAUGAGUGUGAAGGCAUUUGAGCUGGUCCCUGCCGUGGAGCGGGAGCUCCUGAUGGGAGACAAGGCCCGCAUCAACAUUGAGUGCAUCGAGUGCUGCGGCAAGCACCUGUACGUGGGCACCAACGACUGCUUCAUACAUCACUUCCUGCUAGAGGAGCAUGCCACGACCAAGGGGAUGCUAUCCUACACCGUCCAGAAGCUGCUGUUCAAGUACCUGGGCCUGAAAAAGCCCGUGGAGGCCCUGAAGGCCGCGUCAGCGUUAGAACGCAUCAUUGUGCUCUGUGACGCUACAGUCAGUGUUAUUGACAUGAUCACCUUAGAACCCGUACCUUCGGGCGGGGCCAAGAUUAAGGGCGUGGCCGCGUUCUGCGUCAACGAGAACCCGGUGAACGGGGACCCGUUCUGCGUGGAGAUCGGGGUGCUCUCGGCCCGGCGGCGCACCGUCCAGAUAUACAUGGUUUACGAGGACAGGGUGCAGCUGGUGAAAGAGGUCAACACGCCGGAGCAGCCGUGUGCGGUCAGUCUGGACGGUUACUUCCUGUGCCUGGCCCUCUCCACGCAGUACAUGAUCCUUAACUACAGCACAGGGGCCGCGCAGGACCUGUUCCCCUAUGACAGCGAGGAGAGGAAGCCCAUAGUCAAGAGGAUCGGCAGGGAGGAGUUCCUCUUGGCUGCCCCUGGUGGCCUGGGUAUGUUUGCCAAUGCAGAGGGUAUAUCCCAGCGUGCCCCAGUGAACUGGUCAGAGAGUGUGAUGGGAGCGGCUGUGUGUUUUCCCUAUGUGGUGGCGCUAGACGAGGGCUUCGUCACCAUCCACAGUAUGCUGGACCAGCAGCUCAAACAGACCCUCUCCUUCAGAGACGGACACAUCCUACAGGACUUUGAAGGUAAGGUGGUUCUGGCCUCCACUAAGGCUGUGUACGUGCUGGUGCCCCUACCCCUGGAGAGACAGAUUCAGGAGCUGCUAGCUGGACACAGAGUGGAGGAGGCCCUGGCUCUGACUGAGGGAGCCAGGAGGAACAUUCCCAAAGACAAGUUCCAGAUAUUGCACAAAAGAAUCCUCCAGCAAGCAGGAUUCAUACAGUUUGGACAGCUUCAGUUUCUCGAAGCGAAAGAACACUUCCGGACGGGUCAGUUGGACGUCCGGGAGUUGAUCUCCCUCUACCCUCUCCUCCUCCCGGCCUCCUCCUCCUUCGCCCGCUGCCAUCCACCGCUCCACGGGUUCGCCGACCUCAACCACCUGGCGCAGGGGGACCAGGACAAGGUCCAGAGGUGCAAGAGGUUCCUCAUCACGUACCUGGGUGAGAUGCGAAGCACGGAGGGGGCUAACGGAUGCCGGGAGGACGUGGACACGGCUCUGUUGAAGCUCUACGCUGAGCAGGACCAUGAGAGUCUUCUGGACCUGCUGGCCUCCCCCAACGCCUGUUUACUGGCAGACAGCGCCCCCUGGCUAGAGAAACACCACAAGUAUUUUGCACUAGGCCUCCUCUACCAUUAUAACGGACAGGAUUCAGCUGCUCUACAGUUGUGGGUGCGGGUAGUGAAUGGGGACCUUCAGGACUCUACCAGGUCUGACCUGUAUGAGUACAUUGUGGACUUCCUGGGUUUCUGUUCCAACCCGGACCUGGUGUGGAAAUAUGCGGACUGGGCCCUGCAGAGAGACCAGACGAUAGGGGUGCAGAUCUUCACCAGGAGGCCGGUGGGUCAGGACCAGGUUAAGGAGCAGAAGGACCAGGUGAACCCAGACGACGUCAUCACGUACCUGGGGAAACACAGCCAGGCUCUGCUGCUCUACCUGGAACACCUGGUGCUGGGCCGACGGAUACAGAAAGAGAAGCUCCACACCCACCUGGCAGUGCAGUACACAGACAGAGUCCUGUCUCUCCUGUCUCAGUCCCCCCCAGUGGACCAACAGGUGUCUGUAGCCCGGGACAAACUCCAGCUCCUCCUCAGGGAGUCCAGCCUGUACCGCGUCCAACUACUACUGGGUAAGAUACAGGAAUGUGACCAGUUGUUUCUGGAGAGAGCCACGCUCCACGGGAAACUAGAGGAGCACGAUAAGGCGUUACACAUCCUGGUGCACCAGCUCAAAGACUUCCCCGCGGCUGAGGCCUACUGCGUGUGGGGUUCCGCCUCCCGGGACCCGGCCUACCAGCAGAACCUCUUCCACCUCCUCCUGGGGGUCUAUCUGGACCGGGACCUUCCCAGUAGUACGGUCACCGGGGAGCUGGAGAUGGCAGCGGUGGACCUGUUAAACCGGCACGGGGAGGUGUUCGACGCUGUGCGCGUACUGGACCUGCUUCCUGAAGGCUGGUCCCUGCAGCUGCUUCGCCCGUUCCUCGGACGCGCCCUGCGGGGGAGUAUGCACGCCUGCCGCACCUCCCAGGUUGCACUGGGGCUGGCGAGGUCAGAGAACCUACAGCUGCAGCAUGACAGGUUGAAGCAGAGGAGGAGCCCAGUCCUGGUAUCACAGAAGAAGGGGUGUGUUCUGUGCCACAACACCUUCAGCGAGCCGGACUGUGUGUGUCUUCCAGGAGGCGUGCCUGUACACACACACUGUGCCGCCCAGAGGGUGGUACGGGACUCGCCCACCAGGAGACAACUAGCCAAUAGCAACAACCACACAUGAAGCCCCUUGACCACCAUCACCACCCAAGCCUCGCCCAGAACCAGUGUGACAGGAGGAGCCUAGCAGUGAUUGGUUGCGUCUGGGGGUCAUAUCAGAUGAUGACUAUGGGGGACAAAAGCACAGAGGUUACCAUGGCUACCGUGGUCUAGCGUAGUGGGAGUAGUCCUGGAGCAUACUCAGAAACACAGAGCUGACCACACUUCUCUACUGUGUGUGUGUGUGUGUGUGUGUGUGUGUGUGUGUGUGUGUGGGGAAGGAAGGAAGGAAGGAAGGAAGUUAUUCCAGUGCCACCAUGCAUAAACAACAGGGAGACUGAUGACCGACUGAAUUGUGAAUGAAGUUCUACAACAAGAACUAAACUCCACAUACAUCCAUAAUGACUCUAACAUUGAAGUGAAACCUACAGUCUGUCCUGGUCCUCUGUUAUGUCCUGGUCUAGUGCUGAACCCGUCCUCUGUUAUGUAUGUCCUGGUCUAGUGCUGAACCCCUCCUCUGUUAUGUCUGUCCUGGUCCUCUGUUAUGUCUGUCCUGGUCCUCUGUUAUGUCUGUCCUGGUCCUCUGUUAUGUCUGUCCUGGUCCUCUGUUAUGUCUGUCCUGGUCCUCUGUUAUGUCUGUCCUGGUCCUCUGUUAUGUCUGUCCUGGUCCUCUGUUAUGUCUGUCCUGGUCCUCUGUUAUGUCUGUCCUGGUCCUCUGUUAUGUCUGUCCUGGUCCUCUGUUAUGUCUGUCCUGGUCCUCUGUUAUGUCCUGGUCUAGAGCUGAACCCCUCCUCUGUUAUGUCCUGGUCUUAGAGCUGAACCCCUCUGUUAUGUCCUGGUCUUAGAGCUGAACCCCUCCUCUGUUAUGUCCUGGUCUAGUGCUGAACCCCUCCUCUGUUAUGUCCUGGUCUAGAGCUGAACCCCUCCUCUGUUAUGUCCUGGUCUAGUGCUGAACCCCUCCUCUGUUAUGUCCUGGUCUAGAGCUGAACCCCUCCUCUGUUAUGUCCUGGUCUAGUGCUGAACCCCUCCUCUGUUAUGUCUGUCCUGGUCUAGAGCUGAACCCCUCCUCUGUUAUGUCUGUCCUGGUCUAGAGCUGAACCCCUCCUCUGUUAUGUCCUGGUCUAGAGCUGAACCCCUCCUCUGUUAUGUCUGUCCUGGUCUAGUGCUGAACCCCUCCUCUGUUAUGUCUGUCCUGGUCUUCGAGCUGAACCCCUCCUCUGUUAUGUCCUGGUCUAGAGCUGAACCCGUCCUCUGUUAUGUAUGUCCUGGUCUAGUGCUGAACCCCUCCUCUGUUAUGUCUGUCCUGGUCUAGUGCUGAACCCCUCCUCUGUUAUGUCUGUCCUGGUCUAGUGCUGAACCCCUCCUCUGUUAUGUCUGUCCUGGUCUAGUGCUGAACCCCUCCUCUGUUAUGUCUGUCCUGGUCUAGUGCUGAACCCCUCCUCUGUUAUGUCUGUCCUGGUCUAGUGCUGAACCCCUCCUCUGUUAUGUCUGUCCUGGUCUAGUGCUGAACCCCUCCUCUGUUAUGUCUGUCCUGGUCUAGUGCUGAACCCCUCCUCUGUUAUGUCUGUCCUGGUCCUCUGUUAUGUCUGUCCUGGUCCUCUGUUAUGUCUGUCCUGGUCCUCUGUUAUGUCCUGGUCUAGUGCUGAACCCCUCCUCUGUUAUGUCUGUCCUGGUCCUCUGUUAUGUCUGUCCUGGUCCUCUGUUAUGUCUGUCCUGGUCCUCUGUUAUGUCUGUCCUGGUCCUCUGUUAUGUCUGUCCUGGUCCUCUGUUAUGUCUGUCCUGGUCCUCUGUUAUGUCUGUCCUGGUUUAAAUGCUGAACCCCUCCUCUGUUAUGUCCUGGUCUAGUGCUGAACCCCUCUGUUAUGUCUGUCCUGGUCUAAAUGCUGAACCCCUCCUCUGUUAUGUCCUGGUCUAGUGCUGAACCCCUCCUCUGCUCUGUCCUGGUCUAGUGCUGAACCCCUCUGCUCUGUCCUGGUCUAGUGCUGAACCCCUCCUCUCUGUCCUGGUCUAAAUGCUGAACCCCUCCUCUGUUAUGUCCUGGUCUAGUGCUGAACCCCUCCUCUGCUCUGUCCUGGUCCAGUGCUGAACCCCUCCUCUGCUCUGUCCUGGUCUAGUGCUGAACCCCUCCUCUGUUAUGUCCUGGUCUAGUGCUGAACCCCUCCUCUGUUAUGUCCUGGUCUAGUGCUGAACCCCUCCUCUGUUAUGUCUGUCCUGGUCUAAGUGCUGAACCCCUCUGUUAUGUCCUGGUCUAGUGCUGAACCCCUCUGCUAUGUCUGUCCUGGUCCAAACCUGAGAUGAGCUUGAGUCUGUCCCUGGGGAGGAUCUUACUGCAGAACACAGUACAAGCAGACCAGUGAGGCAUCUCCUCCUUCACUACAGUGGCUCCUCUCUGCUGCUGGUUUCUGAGACUGAACUUGAAGACGAUGAUUCCCCAGUGAGGCUGUGUUCACAGCCAGGAGAGUUCCUAAUUGUUGCUAAAUGUUCUGCUGUGUUGCACACACUCUCUCUCACCCCUCCAACCUGCUCCCCUACCCGAACAUUGUGUCCACACUACUUAAGAACUGUCUCUCUGCCUUCAAGCAACAACAAAAAAACAAUGGUUUGUUUUUCACUUUGCUAACCAAGGUGGGGUUGAAACAUCCAGCUAACCUGAUGCUAGCUGGUUUCAGCUCUGACCAGGGCCGUAUUCAUUAGACACCAAACUGAAGUAAACGUGAUAGGGACUAGCUGAGCCAUCUCGGAAAAACAAACUUGUUUUCCUUUUCCACUGCGAAACAUUUAGUUUCGGUGUUCCCUGAUGAACAUGACCCAGCUCUAUGGGAUGUGAAAUGCUGAAACACUGAACAGAAGAAUUGGCUAAUGUUUUGCUAACCAAAGCAAACGUUUAAGCUGAUCCCAGAUUUGUUCGUGCUCAUGCCAACUUCAUUGCUAUUAGUCAAGCCAAUUAUUUUUGGCACGACUAUGAGUGACAAGGAGUUGUCAUGGUGACACAAACAGACUGGCACUCAGGCUAAGCUAUGUCCUAUUUAUAGAGUUCUCUGCUUUGUAUCUGUCCCAUUAUGACAUCAGUGACAGCAUGAGCAGCACCAUUGGGGCUAUCACCAUUUUAAAGUAGUACAUUUUCUUAUUUUUUUUUUUUAUGUUUGAGAAAGUGUAUCGCUAAUAUUAGUGAUUUACCUCCACCUGCAUUGCCCGGGGUCUUGAACCAAAUCUUGUCUUUCAUUUAUUGUGGCCACUACAAGGCAUUGAUACAGCUUAAAGCCAUUUACAAAACUAAGCAAACCAAUUUGAAGAAGACGAUGCUCUCUGAUCAUUGACCGAUCGCUCCCAACUCAUAGGAAUCGCUGUCCAGUUGACUACUUUAAAAUGGUGGAAGCGCUCCGUGGCAAAGUCCAUGCAAAUAGUGUUAUUUCCAAGUACUGAUCUCUCUCCAUCUCUAAGGUCCUGUUCAUGUCGAUCAGUGAACAACAUGAUUGUGGGUCGAACAAAGCAAGAAAUCAGCCUUUGUAUUAACACAUGGAUUUACAGGGAAUCCAUCAAUUAUGCAAAUUAGCCGGUAAAAUCUCAUUUGUUUUUUGUGCCGACGCGUUACAACCAGAUGAGCGUUUUGUGAACAGGAAAAGGGAAAACGCAUUGCAAUGCAGUCAGUCUGUCUGUUUAAAGGCUUCAGUUGUUUUGUUCUCACUCUGCUUGCAAGGUUUAUAGCAAACUGAUUUAUCUGUCAAACUAUUUUGACUUUUUAAAAUAUGUGAAAUGUCAAACUUUUUGAUGGAUUUUGCAAUAGACCAUUUGAUGAGCACA